GCCUUCGCUUUUGCGUUUCCGUUUCUCUACCGCAGCGCAUACGCUGUGGUUUGUUUAUCAUACGUCAAAGAACUUUAGUCUAUUUGUGUUCAGCGUUAUCUUUAAGUGCAAUUUUUAUUUACAAACUAAAAUGGUUUCCUUGUCCACGAUGUUUUUUUACAUCUGUUUGUUAAUUUUUGUACUUCCUGGUUCAUCAUGGGCUCGAUUAGCAGAAGAAGAACCACUAAAUGAUGACCGGUGCCAACCAAUGGAAUAUCAUUGUUACCAUAGACCUCCAGAUGAAUGUCCUCCACUGAAUGCCACAUCAAGAUGCAAAGUUGAUGACAAAUGCAAAUUUGCUGUGCUCUGUUGUAAUCUUUCAUUAGAGCAGAUCAAAGAUGAAUUCACUCGUGCAAAUAUUAAUCUUGCCAAUCACAGAAUUCAGGCAAUCCACAUUCGGAAUGCCAGUAUUCAGUCCUUGAAUCUGAAUGAAUUGAAAUCCUGGAGAACAUUAACAUCAUUAUCUAUAACUGAUGGAAAUAUUGGCAAUGUCACUGGGGAAUUUGGCAAGCAUUCAAGUGUUGCUUGUCUGAAUAUGUCUUCCAAUGGGAUAACCAACUUUGAAAAUAGAUCAUUGGUCAAUCUAUACAACAUGACCAUGCUGGAUUUGUCUCAUAAUAAUUUAUCAAAUGUGCCUAGGUUUAAGAAAGAUGGGGAUUUUACACUUGAUAUUUCCAAUAAUGCCCCAAUGUUUUGUACUAAUCUGUAUGAAAUCAAAAAUGGCAGGCCUGAAAUUCAAUUUAACAAUUACAACAACACCAAAUGCUGUGUGACAAAUAAUUUUCAUUGGUUCAACAGUACAGAUUUUAUUAGUUUGGAAGAAGUGGAAAGAAUUUAUCAGAUAAGACAAAAUUGCACGAAAAACUGUAAAUGCGAACCGCACCGCUGGCAUUAUCUCCCUGGCCAACCAACGAUCAUUUCUGUAAAAGUUGAUUGCUCCAAGCAAAACUUUACGGAAAUGCCAACACCUUUGCCGCAAAAUGCGAUCUCUUUAAAUAUAUCAUACAAUAAUAUAUCUUCUUUAGAAUCGUUCAGCAGCGAUGAUACAUAUAAAAGUGUACGAGAACUGUACGCUGACAACAAUGAAAUAACUUCAAUUUUGCCUUUGGAAGGGACCAAUUUCAUAAGUAACUUUGCGUUGUUGCGCUUGAAGCACAAUAAAUUAAAAUCGAUACCAACAUAUCUGCUCACGAAUAUAUUUGAUCGCAAUUAUAUAUCGCGGCAUGUGUAUUUGGGCCAAAACUAUUUACAAUGCGACUGCAACACCGCUAAAGUACUUAAGGUAUGGUUAUUAACCAAACAAAAGCACGUUCUUGACUUCGACGAGAUUUACUGUGAGAACAUGAACGUCAAAGUGAUUGACUUGAACGCGUCGACGUUGUGCCAAAGUCAACAUGACUGGACUGACUACAUUUACUACAUCAUCACGCUGGAAGUGUUUCUGCUAGUCGGUCUGAUUGCUAAAGUCUUUUAUGACUACUGGGUAUUCAAAACCGCUGGUUAUUUGCCAUGGCCAGCGAGCAAGAUGCCGAAAUUACCCUGCGACUGGCUUUGUGAGUGAGCCGUCCAAUGCCCCCUGCAUCCGUGCCUUAUUUUUAAAACCCUUUUAUCUACUUUAUAUGUGAAUGGUUGUGAUAUAUUUUAUUUACGCUAGAUUCGGGUCCGCGCGCGUCUUGCGUCUCCAUCCGACGUGCGGAUAGAGACGUUUGCCAUCGAUGUGCCUGAUAUAUAUAUACCUAUAUACGAAAUUAUCGACGUGCCUUAAUUGUUUAAAAGUACUACGUAGUUGUUUACGUAAGAUAUGUAUUGUAAGCACAUUAUAUUUAUGUGCCCAGCGGCAAAUAAGAUGAAGCGUGAAAUUACACCUGAAUAUGGAUAAACACGUAUUAUCUAGA